UAGCUAUUAGCUAACAACAGAGCCCGUCUACAUUCUCUGGCUAACAACUUUAUAGCUGGACAGUGACUAGCUAGCCGAGUUAGCCGACAUCCUGUGCAAAAAAUAUUGGGUUAAUCAAAGUAGGUGCUAUUAUUAAUUCGAAACACGUUGAUUAAACAUGGGAAAAGGCGGAGGAACAUUUGAAAGGCUUCUUGAUAAAGCCACCAGUCAGCUUUUGCUGGAGACAGACUGGGAGUCCAUCCUGCAAAUCUGUGAUCUCAUCCGCCAAGGAGACACCCAGGCAAAGUAUGCCAUUGCUGCCAUUAAGAAGAAGCUAAAUGACAAGAAUCCUCAUGUGGCCCUUUAUGCUCUUGAGGUCCUGGAGUCGGUGGUGAAGAACUGUGGCCAGACGGUGCAUGAUGAAGUGGCUAGUAAGCAGACCAUGGAGGAACUGAAGGAACUGCUCAAGACGGAGCCCAAUGUCAGGAACAAGAUCCUGUAUCUGAUCCAGGCCUGGGCUCACGCCUUCCGCAACGAGCCCAAGUACAAGGUGGUCCAGGACACCUACCAGAUCAUGAAGGUGGAGGGUCAUGUGUUCCCUGAGUUUAAGGAGAGUGAUGCCAUGUUUGCGGCUGAGCGGGCCCCAGACUGGGUGGAUGCAGAGGAGUGUCAUCGCUGCAGGGUUCAGUUUGGUGUCAUGACUCGUAAGCACCAUUGCCGAGCGUGUGGUCAGAUCUUCUGUGGGAAGUGCUCCUCCAAGUACUCCACCAUUCCCAAGUUUGGCAUCGAGAAGGAAGUGCGCGUGUGCGAGCCCUGUUUCGAGCUUCUUAACAACCACCCCUCCCUCUCCCCCCCCCCCAGGAAGGCGGAGGGGAAGGCCGCGACCGUCGCCGGGCCUGCCGAGCUCCCCCCGGAGUACCUGACCAGCCCGCUGUCCCAGCAGUCUCAGGUAGUGGUCCAGGAAACAAUGCCCCCGAAAAGAGACGAAGCCGCUCUCCAGGAGGAGGAGGAGCUGCAGCUGGCCAUCGCCCUCUCCCAGAGCGAGGCGGAAGAGAAGGAGAGGAUGAGACAGAAGAACUCCUACGGGGUGUACCCCAAAGCCGACCCCACCCCGGUCACCUCCUCGGCCCCUCCCGUCAGCACCCUCUACACCUCCCCCGUGAACUCCUCCGCCCCCUCUGCUGAGGAUGUUGACCCAGAGCUGGCACGCUACCUGAACAGAACAUACUGGGAGAAGAAACAGGAAGAGGCACGCAAGAGCCCCACCCCCUCUGCCCCUGCCCCCGUGGCGUUGGCUGAGCCUGUGCCGGUCAGCCAGCCCGUGGAGAGUCACGUCCCCGUCCCAGUCCCAGUCCAGCCGCCGAUCAACGUUGUGGAGCAGCAGUACCAGAACGGCGAGUCGGAGGAGAACCACGAGCAGUUCCUGAAGGCCCUGCAGAACGCCGUCAGCACCUUCCUCAACCGCAUGAAGAGCAACCACAUGCGCGGGCGCAGCAUCACCAACGACAGCGCCGUGCUGUCGCUCUUCCAGUCCAUCAACAACAUGCACCCACAGCUGCUCGACAUCCUCAACCAGCUGGACGAGAAGAGAUUGUACUACGAGGGCCUGCAGGACAAGCUGGCCCAGGUGCGUGACGCGCGGGCCGCCCUCAACGCCCUGAGGGACGAGCACAGGGAGAAGCUCCGGCGCGCCGCCGAGGAGGCCGAGAGGCAGAGGCAGAUCCAGCUAGCCCAGAAGCUGGAGAUCAUGAGGCAGAAGAAACAGGAGUAUCUGGAGAUGCAGAGGCAGCUGGCCAUCCAGCGCUUGCAGGAGCAGGAGAAGGAGAGGCAGAUGCGUCUGGAGCAGCAGAAACACACCAUCCAGAUGAGGGCCCAGAUGCCGGCCUUCUCCCUGCCCUACGCACAGAUGCAGUCCUUACCCCCCAACGUGGCGCCCGGGAUGGUGUACCAGCCCGGAGGCCCGCCUAGUUACCCUGGCACCUUCAGCCCUUCGGGCUCAGUGGAGGGCUCGCCCAUGCACAACGUCUACAUGAGCCAGCCUGGCCAGACGGCUCCAGGGCAGUACCAGGCCAUGCCCCCCACAGACCCCAACAUGGCCUACAUGUACCAGAAUCCAGGCACCAACGGUCAGCCUCCACCCCCUGGCCAGGCUCCUCCCACCACCAGCCCUCCCUACUCCAACUACCAGCCCACGCCCUCCCAGGGCUACCAGCAGAACGUCGUGUCCCAGGCCCAGAGUUUGCCUCCUAUGCCCCAGCCUGCCCCCACCAACGGCAUGGCCUACAUGGGCUACCAGCCGUACGGCAUGCAGAACAUGAUGUCAGCGCUGCCAGGACAAGACCCCAACAUGCCUCCCCAACAGCCCUACAUGCCAGGCCAGCAGCCCAUGUACCAACAGAUGGCUCCCCCUGGUGGUCCGCAGCAGCAAGCGCAGCAGCAGCAACCCCAGGCCCUCCCAGGCAGUGCAGAGGCACAGCUCAUCUGCUUCGACUGAAGCCUGGAGCCGCAGGGUCCAACACACUACAACCCCCCCCCCCCCCCCCCCACCUCUCCUCUGGUCUCCCCCCCUUCCCUCCUACACUCUCCUGGGCUGAUGGUAUCCCUUUGGGAACACGGAUGGUUCUGCCAAUGUUGCUGUGAUCUUGUGGCAAUGUGGAUUUCUUGUGAUUAGGUUGCAGAAACGUUGCCGCCCUGGCCACCUCUCUGAAGUGGGGUGGUUAGGCUGGGAGGUCCUGACCUUCCACCCAGGUCCUGUCUACUCUUUCCUUCUCAGACAUGUUCCUCAGAUAUGUAUGUAGUAUUUCCUUAUAAAAUUGCUGAAAAAUCGACAUAGUCAUUGGUAUUAUAGAUUUAUCAGAGGUGAGAAAAUAUGAUACGAAUCGAAAAAGACAUGACAUCACCAUCCUUUGUCUCAUAUUUUUCUAAAGCAAAUUUGCAUGUGUUGAAUCGUUUUUCAUUUUCGGCAUUAGAAAGCAAGUGUUGCAGCCCGUCCUGAGACCUUUUUUGGCGCUUGCGUGAAGUCGUUUUAGUGCCGUCUGUGUGAAUGACGAUCUGAGAAACGAGGGGAUGAUUGAGGACAGAAAGCACAGGCAAACUGGUCCCAGUGAAAGCACCAGAGAUGGGGACUCACCAAACCAACUCUGCUAACUUCCCAGAGUUAACCGUCGAGUAAAGUUCACACUCUCUCCCCCACACGCACACACACACGCACACACAGACACAGAAAGUUAGCUGUACACAGAUCCUUAAACUAUAGAUGGCCUUCCUUUUUUGGCAAUGCCUUGUAGUGCACUGCAUCAAAUAUUUGGGUGAUUUCUUGUUUGGGUGAGUCGUUUUUUGUUUGUUAUGGAGAAAUGUGGGUUUGUCACGCAGGCUGCCCUAGUACUCUACUUAUUGGCAUGGGUAAGCUCCUAACAUACAGUUUGCACUCUAUUGCUGUAUUGUCCUGUAUUCUGUAUCACUACAUUUUUUUCUACAGUGGCUUGCACCACCCUCGCAAGAUAGACAUUACAUUUAGAUUAUGUGGUACAUUUGCCAAUAAUUCAACUGCAAUUUGUCCAAGUCAAUGUCUUUGGCCUGUUUUAGAAAUACCUUGUGCAUCUGUUGGGCAGUAGGGAGGAUAACAUCACACAAUAUGCAGAGUUUAUUGAUUGAGGACCAUUCCUCUAGAGUGUGUUGGUUGAAUACCAGAGACGUGGGAGAGGUGGUAGUACUUCAAGAUGGAUAUAUGUUCUGCAUGUAUGUAACACACGAUCAGUGACUCCUGUAACCUUUUUAAUGCCAUCUCUGAACUUCUUUAGUCCAUCAUACUGAUCUGUCUGACUAAUGUAAUUUUAAGAUUAUAUUUAAUAAAUAUCUUGUUCUUUUACUGUC